CACGGGUACGCGCAUUUUCUGGCGCGGGCACAGCUGUCAGCACCAAGGACAGCAGCUGAGCCCGGAGCGCCGAAUCAGUAGUUAAUGUGAUCACCUCUCUGCUGCCAACGGACAGAGAAACCGGCGAUACACCGCCGGCCAGAGGCGCAUUCCAUGCGAAGACACUGACUUGAAAUAGCAUAUAACUUGCCUCAGCAACAAGAAGGGAUACAGGAUGAAACAAAGGACAGAGUCUAUCAGGAUGUUGAAAGGGAGCGAAGAUGCAGCCAGCUUGUGCAUGGAGAGACAGUGGUUUGAAGUCUAGAACCAUGCACAUUCCAUCGCAAACGGAAUAGCUUAAUUUCUUACAAACUCUAUUGGUGUCUUUUUUAAUUUCCUUUUUCUUCGUUCUUUGUGUGAGCAUAGGGGGACGGCUUGCAAUUGCGGUUUACUAAGGAUAAACCGUGCCGUCUAAAGGCUAUUCUCAUAUACCCACCGACAGUAGUGGGCGAAGCAACCGGGGUGCUCUCUGCGCGCUACUCGCUCACACAAUGCGUCUGUUUUUGCUAGCCGUUUUCUUCUCGUGCUCCUGUGUGCGGGGCGGCUGCGAACCAAAGAUUGUGAACAUCGGGGCCGUCCUCAGCCAGAAGCGGUAUGAGCAGGUGUUCAAGGAUGCGGUCACGCAAGCUAACCAGGUCUACGGCAGGGACAAAUUCAAACUGACUGCAAUCUCUGUCACCCACAAACCCAAUGCGAUUCAAAUGGCGCUUUCCGUCUGUGAGGAUCUCAUAUCAAGCCAGGUGUACGCCAUCCUGGUGAGUCAUCCUCCACAGUCCAAUGAUCACCUCACCCCAACACCCGUCUCCUACACGGCCGGCUUCUACCGCAUCCCCGUGGUGGGCCUAACCACCCGCAUGUCCAUCUACUCCGACAAGAGCAUCCAUCUGUCCUUCUUGCGAACUGUCCCCCCCUAUUCACAUCAAGCCCACGUUUGGUUCGACAUGAUGCGCGAGUUCCACUGGAAUCACAUCAUCCUGAUCGUCAGCGAUGACCACGAGGGUCGAGCUGCCCAGAAGAGACUCGAGACGCUGCUCGAGGAGCGUGAGACCAAGAAUAAAAAAAGGAACUAUGAAAACCUCGACCAACUGUCCUAUGACAACAAGCGAGGACCAAAGGCAGAGAAAGUCCUCCAAUUCAGCCAGGAGACUAACUUAACCGCUCUGCUGCUGGAGGCCAAAGAACUGGAGGCACGUGUCAUCAUCCUGUCGGCCAGCGAAGAGGAUGCUGCUUCAGUAUACAAGGCUGCACGCUUCCUGAACAUGACCGGUUCUGGCUACGUGUGGCUGGUGGGAGAGCGAGAGAUGUCCGGUAAAGCACUGAGCGAAGCACCAGACGGUCUCAUUGGCCUGCAGCUGAUCAACGGGAAGAACGAGUCGGCGCACAUCAACGACGCAGUCGCUGUGGUAGCACAGUCCAUCCAGGAGCUGUUUGAGAAGGAGAACAUCACAGAGCCCCCGCGGGGCUGUGUAGGCAACACCAACAUCUGGAAGACCGGGCCGCUCUUCAAAAGGGUGCUGAUGUCAUCAAAAUACCCAGAAGGCCUCACGGGACGUGUGGAAUUUAAUGAUGAUGGUGACAGGAAGUUUGCUCACUACAGCAUCCUCAACUACCAGAAGAGCAGACUUAUUCAAGUCGGCAUUUACAACGGGACCCAGGUGGUGUUGAACAAGCAGAGGAAGAUCAUAUGGCCCGGAGGACAGACAGACACACCAAGGGGUUUUCAAAUGUCAACUCGACUAAAGAUAGUGACUAUACACCAGGAGCCUUUUGUGUAUGUGAAACCGACAAGUCUGGAAGGAACAUGCAAUGAGGAGUAUACACCUAAUGGAGUCUUAAUAAAAAAGGUGAUCUGCACUGGGCCGAAUGAGACCAUCCCAGGUAACAUCACAGGACGCCCAAUUGUACCUCAGUGUUGCUAUGGUUUCUGCGUUGACCUUCUGAUUAAGCUGGCAAUGACCAUGAACUUUACCUAUGAGGUGCACCUAGUAGCAGAUGGUAAAUUUGGAACACAGGAGCGGGUGAACAACAGCAACAAGAAAGAGUGGAAUGGAAUGAUGGGUGAGCUCCUGGGUGGUCUGGCAGACAUGAUUGUUGCUCCGCUCACAAUAAACAAUGAACGAGCCCAGUACAUAGAAUUCUCCAAGCCAUUUAAGUACCAGGGCCUUACCAUCCUUGUCAAAAAGGAAAUCCCUCGCAGUACGCUGGACUCGUUCAUGCAGCCCUUUCAGAGCACACUGUGGCUGUUGGUGGGUCUAUCGGUGCAUGUGGUGGCGGUGAUGCUUUACCUACUAGACCGGUUCAGCCCAUUUGGAAGGUUUAAAGUGAAUAGUGAAGAGGAAGAAGAAGAUGCCCUCACGUUAUCGUCAGCCAUGUGGUUCUCAUGGGGAGUACUACUGAAUUCUGGGAUUGGAGAAGGUGCACCCCGCAGCUUCUCCGCGCGAAUCCUGGGCAUGGUGUGGGCAGGCUUCGCCAUGAUCAUCGUAGCAUCGUACACUGCCAACCUGGCUGCCUUCCUAGUGCUGGAUCGGCCUGAGGAGCGCAUCACCGGCAUCAAUGACCCAAGGCUGAGGAACCCGUCAGACAAGUUCAUCUACGCCACAGUGAAACAGAGCUCGGUGGACAUCUACUUUCGGCGGCAGGUGGAGCUUAGCACCAUGUACCGCCACAUGGAGAAGCACAACUAUGAGAGCGCCGCCGAAGCCAUCCAGGCUGUGCGGGACAACAAGCUGCAUGCUUUCAUCUGGGACUCUGCGGUGCUGGAGUUUGAAGCCUCGCAGAAGUGCGACCUGGUGACCACGGGAGAGCUGUUUUUCCGUUCGGGCUUUGGCAUAGGCAUGCGCAAGGACAGCCCUUGGAAACAGAAUGUGUCCCUGGCAAUCCUCAGUUCCCAUGAAAACGGCUUCAUGGAGGACCUAGAUAAAACCUGGGUGAGAUACCAGGAGUGUGACUCUCGGAGCAAUGCACCAGCCACACUCACCUUUGAGAAUAUGGCAGGCGUAUUCAUGUUGGUGGCUGGUGGCAUUGCGGCGGGGAUCUUCCUCAUCUUCAUAGAGAUCGCUUACAAGCGCCACAAAGACGCCCGCAGGAAGCAGAUGCAGCUGGCCUUCGCGGCCGUCAAUGUGUGGAGGAAGAACCUGCAGGACAGUAAGGAACCUUCUGGAAGUCAAGUUUUGGGCGCAGCUGCAACGCCAUCUUUACCCUCUUCCUCUGUAGAGACACAGGAUGAUAGAAAAAGUGGUAGAGCAGAGCCCGACCCCAAACAGAAAGCCUCUUUUAGGUCCAUCAGUACGUCCCUGGCCUCCAGCAUCAAGAGACGUAGGGCCUCCAAAGACACGGUGUGUGAGCCUCCGGCCGCGGGCAGGAGUCAGUUGUAUGAGUGUGGGAGAUUUGUGGAUGCUGGGUGGGAGGGAGGUAGAGGGAGACAAAACCCAAAUCAAACCACAGGGAGAGGAGGCGCCCAAACCAGCAGUACCCACCCACAGACAUCACUGGGCAGCUCAACCUGUCCGACCCGUCUGUGAGCACGGUGGUGUAAGGAGCGAGAGCGAAAGACAGAGAGAGAGAAGAGGGAGGAGAUGUUCACUCCGAACCGACAGAGAGAGCGCGAAAGAGAGAGAGAGAGAGAGAGAGCGCGACAGGAAGGGGAAGGGGUGAGAGAUGUGGGCCCACUCCCAGCUCCCCCUUGUCGACUCAUGGAUCAAUCACAGCUUGAACACUGACGCUGAACUUCAAUCCCCAAACUUGACAUUCCCCCCCUAACCCACCCCCCGGCACUUUCCAGUGGAGCCGAGAGAAGAAUCACCCUCCCUGCAGGGAAGGAAUGCUCAUCAGAACACUGAAGCU